GGGUACUCCUCCGGAACUGAAGUUGCUGUAGUUUCGGUUCCCGCUCGGAAGUCAGACAGGAGAGCGUCGCGCGGGGCGGCAAGAUGGCGUGGUCAGGGAAUAAGGCAGCUGUAGUGCUGUGCCUAGAUGUGAGCUUUAACAUGAUGCACUCAUUUCCUGGUGAGGAGUCUUCAUUUGAACAAGCUAAGAAGGUGAUGACCAUGUUUUUGCAGCGGCAGGUGUUUGCUGAGGCCAAAGAUGAAGUUGCUUUAGUACUUUUUGGUACGGACACCACUAAGAAUGACCUUGCCACUGGGGAUCAGUAUCAGAAUAUCACUGUACACAGACACCUAAUGCUACCUGAUUUUGAAUUGCUGGAAGACCUUCAGAAUUCAGUUCAGCCAGGCACCAGACAAGCUGACUUCCUCGAUGCUCUUGUUGUGUGCAUGGAUGUGAUACAAAAAGAAACCAUUGGAAAGAAGUUUGAGAGGAAACACAUUGAAGUGUUCACUGAUCUGAGUAGCCCUUUGAGCAAAGACCAACUGGACGUUAUUGUUAAUAACUUGAAGCGGUCUGAUAUCUCCCUUCAGUUCUUUCUUCCUUUUCCAGUUGAUGGAGAAGAUGGGUCUGAGGAUACAGAUGACAGCAGCUUUGAUUCUGAGAGACACAAACCAUCUCUUCCACCAAAAGGACUCACCGAGCAACAGAAAGAAGGUGUUUGUGUGGUGAAGAAUAUAAUGAUGUUACUGGAAGGAGAAGAUGGUCUAAAUGAGAUUUACUCCUUCAGUGAGAGUCUGAGGCAGCUGAGUGUCUUUAAGAAAAUUGAAAGGAGACCCAUGCCCUGGCCCUGCCAGCUGACCAUUGGCUCUAAUCUGUCUAUCAGGAUUGUGGCCUACAAGUCAGUUACUCAGGAGAAAGUGAAAAAAACUUGGACAGUUGUAGAUGCUCGAACUCUAAGGAAGGAAGAUUUACAAAAGGAAACUGUUUAUUGCUUAAAUGACGAUGAUGAAACUGAAGUCCAGAAAGAAGACACCAUCCAAGGGUUCCGCUAUGGGAGUGAUAUCGUUCCUUUCUCUAAAGUGGAUGAGGAGCAAAUGAAAUACAAAACAGAAGGAAAAUGUUUCUCUGUUUUGGGAUUCUGUAGAUCUUCUCAGGUACACAGAAAAUUCUUUAUGGGAAACCAAGUUCUAAAAGUGUUUGCUGCAAAAGACGAUGAGGCAGCAGCAGUUGCGCUCUCCUCCUUGAUUCAUGCAUUGGAUCAAUUAGACAUGGUAGCCAUCGUCCGGUAUGCUUAUGACAGAAGAUCUAAUCCACAGGUUGGCGUAGCUUUUCCUUUUAUCAAGCAAGCUUAUGAGUGCUUAGUAUAUAUACAGUUGCCCUACAUGGAAGACUUAAGACAAUACCUGUUUUCCUCCUUGAGAAUCAAUAAGAAGUGUAUUCCCACAGAGGCUCAGCUUUCUGCAGUCGAUGCUUUGAUUGACUCCAUGAGCUUGGUUAACAGAGAUGAUGAUGAGGAUACCCUUGAAGACUUAUUUCAAACCUCUAAAAUUCCAAAUCCCCAGUUUCAGAGGUUGUUUCAGUGCCUGCUGCAUAGAGCUUUGCACCCCAGUGAUCCUCUGCCCCCAAUCCAACAGCAUAUCUGGGACAUGCUGGAUCCCCCUGAGGAGGUGACAGCUAAGUGCCAAGCCCCUCUCUCCAAAAUAAAGACUCUUUUUCCCCUGACUGAAGCCAUGAAGAAAAGGGAUCAAGUAACCGCUCAGGAUGUCUUUCAAGAUAACCAUGAAGAUGGACCUGUGUUUAAAAAAGCCAAAACUGAGGAAGGGGAAGUCAACUUUAGUAUCUCCAGCCUGGCUGAGGGCAGCAUCACCAGUGUUGGCAGUGUGAACCCAGCUGAAAACUUCCGUGUUCUAGUGAGACGAAAGAACGCCAAUUUCAAGGAAGUAAGCUGCCAGUUGAUACACCAUAUUGACCAAUUUUUGGAGACCAAAGGACUACAGUACUAUAUGAAGAGCCUUGACUGCAUCAAAGCAUUCAGAGAGGAAGCCAUUCAGUUGUCAGAAGAACAGAAUUUUAACAAUUUCUUACAAGCCCUUCGAGACAAAGUAGAAGAUAAAGCUCUAAAUGAUUUCUGGAAUAUUGUUGUUCAAGAUGGGAUUACUCUGAUCACAAAAGAUGAAUCUCCAGGAAGCUCUGUGACAGCUGAGGAAGCCAAAAAGUUCCUAAUCCCAAAGGAGAAAGCAGCUGAAAUCAUGGAUGCAGCUGAAGAAGGAGGAGAUGUGGAUGAUUUACUGGACAUGAUGUAAGCUGUGGAAGAACUUAAGAACAUGAGAGCAGAAGGACAUUGUGGCUGCAGGGACUGAGGAAGAUUCCACAGAGGCUCUUGCAGGGUGGGUUACAAGCAAGCCAUUCCAGGAAAUCUGCAGUUCUGACAGGAACCUAUGAGUUCCAGAUGUUGAACAUCAAUUUGUAUAUUGAUAUUUUCUUUUGAGUCAGUGAGUUAUUUUCUUAAGCUACAGAAAAAUGUACCUGAUAUAUGGAUACAGAGAGACAAUGACAAUUCUCUUUUCAGUGUUCUCAUCUUUAUCAUUGCUACUGAUAUUGAAACAUUUCUCAAAUAUUCUGUUAAUUCCAAGUGCAUAAAUUACAUUCUUGAACACCAGGGCUGUACAUAUAUCAUUAUUGUGAAAACAACCAAAAUAAAGUCAUUUUUUUCCUUUGC